CAAACUUACUUCUGCGCGCAAUCGCAAUCAUCUUUCAACUUACAACCCCAUCAUGAGUCCAUCCAGCACCGGCCUCAUCGUGGGGCCUCUUCCUGCUCAGCAUCCGGCAGAGCUUUUGGUGCACACCAUGCCACGCACCAACGCACAUCCAGUCCUUCAUACAGGAGAACACAUCAACAAGAUCAUGGGGUACCUCCACAACGACAGGCGCACUCUCAGCGUUGCAGUCGCCGUAUGCAAGCAAUGGACCUGGGCUGGUCGUCAUCUCCUGUGGGACGACGUCAAGCCGAGGGAAGUCGCCGGUACAGUGGCAAGUCACACAAGGCAACAGUACUACGCCACGUUCGUCCGGAUCCUGGACUUCGACUGGUCCGAAGUCGUCUUCGGCUCGCUCAACGUCAGCCACCUCGAGUUUUCCAACCUCCAGACGCUUUCGCUGCACGAGGAACACCUGGAACCACGCGGUCCGAAUGUCAUGCUCGCACUCAUCACGCCCGCUUUGAAGUCAUUGACCAUCAUCGCCGAUCAUGGUUUCAUCCAAAGAGCCCCUGAGGCAGACGCUCAAUGGCUCAAGAAGCUACAGCAUGUCGCAAUCAAGCUCUCGAAGUUGACCAUGACCUUCAACAUCUGUGUCACGACAGAACAGCUCAACGCCUUCUUCAAGUCCAUGCCCCCGCUCACCCACCUUGCACUCAAUGACGAUGUCAGCGAGACUUUGUCCGACGAGGGAGUCGCAAGCAUCUUCGCCAACCCCCACCUCGAGGACCUGACUCUAAUUCGUUCCAUCACCCCCUCCACCAUGAGCCGUAUCCAGGUCGCCUGCACCAAACCCCUCGACAAGAUGCGCACCCUGAACCUCAGAUUCGACGACGGCGCCGGCCGCGCAGCUUCUGCACUCUUUCGCCUAAUGCCCAACGUCCAGAACGUCUACAUCUGUCUUGAAAACAAGCUCGGCUACUGGAGACACACGACAGACUCCAUCGUCUUCGCCACCCUCGGAUCUCUGAAGAACAUCACCACCCUCCAGAUUGACAUUGAGCCGAACAUCGUGUUGAGAGAAACAGACCUGAUUGCCUUGUCACCUCUGAAGCAACUGCAAGUGCUCAGUCUUUGCCUCACCGACGAUGCUCACUUCCCCAAUCAAAUCAACAUUUUGGCCCGCGGUCAGGUUCUGCUGAAGAUGUUGCUCGAAAUGGCUUCGCUGAAGGAGCGCCAGAUCAUGUUGCCUGGAGUCGUUUGGGCCAAGCCUGAGGAGGUUGAGAAGUACGAGGCGCUUUGCAGGGAAAAGGGAUGGAACACCGAAGACGGGACUCAGGUCGUUGCUCAUCCGAACGCUUGAGGUGAGAUGGAAGUACUGUCGAAUGAGGUACGAGAUAGACCGUCGCGAGUAUGAGGGAGAGGACAGAACUAUCAUGCCUAUGAGGGCACUGCCGCUGGGGGUC